AAUGUGUGUGUUCCUGCGAGACUUUAGCUCUCUGUUAGAUUACGUAAACACCUCUCUCUCUCUCUCUCUCUCUCUCUCUCUCUCUCUCUCUCUCUCUUGCCUUGGUGAAGAAGAGGGCCUUGUGAUUGUUUUUUCUACUUGUUCUAAUUCGAAUUUGUAUCGAAUCCGAAAGUGGUCGUCUUUCGUCGUUCCUCUGUUUCCUGCUGGCAACCCUAAAUCGCCGGAGUUGAUUUCUCUGUUUCGUUUCGGAUCUCUACUACCAAAUCGGGCUUUGUUUUGUUUGUAAUAAUGCCACCGUUUAUGUCUGGCUCCAGAGCCAUAGUUUCUUUAAUUUCAUGUCGAAACGCCAUCAGGAACUCGAUCAGCCGCCCCGGGAUCCCUCGGCGGAUUUGUGUAUCUAAUCAAAUUAGGAGAUUUGGUUCUCUUUCAGGAGUUGAGAGAUGCUCUCCUUAUGGGUCAAUAAUGUCCAAUUAUAAUGAGGAUGGUAGAGUCUCUUUUGGCACGGGAAGUUUAUUAAUUCAGAGACGGCAUUUUCUGGGUUGUGGAGAUGGGGAAGAAGGUGGUGGUGAGUUAUCUAAGAUCUACGAAGAGCGUCGUGUCUUGGGGUAUUCUCCCGAGCAAAUGUUUAACGUAGUUGCAGCUGUAGACUUGUACCACGGGUUUGUUCCUUGGUGUCAACGCUCUGAGGUUCUUAAAGAAUAUCCAGAUGGAUCAUUCGAUGCAGAACUGGAGAUUGGUUUUAAGUUUCUUGUUGAGAGUUAUAUUUCCCAUGUCGAAUCCGAAAGGCCGAAAUUAAUAAAGACAACUGCGAGGGACACGGGACUAUUUGACCAUUUGAUAAACGUCUGGCAAUUUAAGCCAGGACCUAUUCCAGGAACCUGCGACCUUCAUUUCCAUGUGGAUUUCAAAUUCAACUCGCCUCUCUAUCGCCAGGUAGCUUCAAUGUUCUUAAAGGAGGUAGCAACAAGACUUGUAGGAGCAUUUAGUGACCGAUGCCGACUAGUGUAUGGUCCAGGAGUUCCAGUAGAUGAAAACGCAUAUGAACAAAGAGCUUGAGACAUAUCUAUUAUAUACAUAUAAUGGAAGUAACACAUCAGUUUAGAUUUCAUUUUGAUUGCUGGAGAGCGAUUACGGCAUAGCAUGUUUUGUCUUUCUUUUCAUAUAUAUGAAUGCUUUUGCAUAUGAAGAUCAACACAUGACAUGAGAUAUUUGUUUAAUGUAAAAGCAGGAAAAUAAAACACAUCCAUUGGAGUCUUUUCUUUGUUCAA